CAAGUGCAGAAGAAGAACCAACUCGAUUCCUUCAACAUGAAGCAGAUUCUCUUCGUCCUCCUCCCCGUCGUCGUUGCCAUGGCAACUGCCGACAAGCUCCCGGAGACUAGCCCCAUCAUCGCCAUCCUCAAGAACGAGCAGCACACCCCAGACGAGUUCGGGAACCACAACAGCGACUUCGAAGCCGCCAAUGGGAUCGAAGUCCACAUCUCCGGGUCCCAGGGAGAGAAUGGAGGAGCCAAUGUCAUUGGUUCAUGGAGCUACCCUCAGGAGGACGGAUCCAUCGCCAGCCUCAAGUUCGUGGCCGACGAGAACGGAUACCAGCCCGAGUCUGACCUCCUGCCAGUGGCCCCACACUUCCCCCACCCGAUCCCACAGUUCGUCCUCGACCAGAUCGAGUUCGCCAGGCUCGAGGACGAGCGCCGGGCCCGCGAAGGGAUCAGUUCUGAGGAGAAGUAGAUCCUGAAGGACAAAAGGACUUUCCCCAGAACAGAGGAGACUUUGAAGAAUAGAGACGACCUCGAAGUUUAGGAUUUUUCAUUCGAAUUUUUGUUCUUACGUUUUUAGUGCCAAAACCCACCACUGUCUUUAUUUAUUAAUUUAUUAAUAUAUUAGUUUGCUGUAGUAACGUGUAGGAGACGAAAUUGUAGAAGAUAUUUUCUAAAAUAAAGUAUGCAUUACCAUU